AUGAAGUUACGUCAGAAUUAUCCGAAUCACUGGCACACUGAUCUCAUGCGAGCCACUCAGUCUGAUCCUCUUUUUUGCUGUUUCUCGCUUUGGUGCGCCCCAUGUGCAUCAUACGUCCUCCGCAAACGAGCUCUAUACAAUGAUAUGUCUAGAUAUACAUGUUGUGGAGGCUAUAUGCCUUGUAGCGGCAGAUGUGGAGAAAGCCACUGCCCUGAAUUCUGUCUUUGUACGGAGGUUUUUCUUUGCUUUGCAAAUUCUGUUGCUUCGACACGCUUUAUGUUGCAAGAUGAGUUCAAUCUGCAGACAACAAAAUGCGAUAAUUGCAUAAUAGGAUUCAUGUUUUGCCUACAGCAGUUAGCAUGUAUAUGUAGCAUUAUUGCUUGUCUCACAGGAAGUGAAGAAAUUCAAGAUGCAGCUCAGCUUCUGAACUGUCUGUCAGACAUUGUUUACUGCACGGUUUGCAGCUGUAUGCAGACACAACACAAGGUUGAAAUGGACAAAAGGGAUGGAAAAUUUGGACCACGGCCAAUGGCAGUGCCACCUGCUCAACAAAUGUCUCGGUUAGAUCAGCCUGUUCCCCCUUCAGUGGGAUAUCCACCUGCACAGCCCCAGGCUUAUCCACCAACACAGCAACCCCAUGGUUACCCGCCACCACAACAGCAGCCUCAGGGUUACCCACCACCACAGCAGCAGCCUCAUGGUUACCCAUCAGCCAAUUAUCCUCCACCUGGUGCUGGAUAUCCCACGUCUGAUUAUCUUCAGUGAAUUGGAGCCUUUUUUUUCCUUUUCCUGUCAGUAAAGUCCAUAGAAUAUGUUCUUGAAUUUAGUACAGUUUGUAGACCAUUAUUCGUUGCUUACCUUGUAAAUCAUGUGAGGUCAUAGAAUAAUUGAGUUGUGUUAUACUGCCUAAGGCAUUCUGAGACAUUUUAUCGUGGUCUAGUAAAUACUCUUAUACUAGCAGGUUGUAAAAUAAUGAACAUUGCAUGUUAUGUCUAUUUAAAAGAUUCAUUUUCAAGAGUGUCUGGUUAGUGUGCUGAAGAAAGAUACAUUAU